AUGAUGCCUUCCGUCGCGUACAACACCAUCGCAUUAAUUCGAUUCUUUCUACUCCACAGCCCAAUCCUAAUGAUCUCAACGUACGAAUACGUGGAGUACGUAAACGGAAACAUGGUUGCCUCCUGCCUGACUCCAGUGGAAAACUUCUGGCAUGCGGCCUUCUUUGUUGGUAGCAUCGUGGUUUUCUUUAUUUUCCCGUUGUUCAUCCUGGUGGUGCUGUACUCUGUAAUAGCUAAAAACCUGAUGGACAACCCUAGCAUCAUCAUGUCCAACGCCAGCGGAAACCGGAGCAACGUGCUCAAGUACCGAAAGCAGGUUAUGUUUAUGCUGGGUGCGGUCGUUGUCAGCUUCUUCUUCUGUCUACUCCCGUUCCGUGCUCUAACCCUGUGGAUAAUAAUCGUCCCAAGCGAGAACAUCGUGUCCAUCGGGUUCGAGCGGUUCUACAUUAUCCUGUACUUUUGUAGAAUCAUGCUGUACAUGAACUCUGCGAUCAAUCCCAUCCUCUACAACCUGAUGUCGUCCAAGUUUCGGAACGGUUUCCUACAGCUGCUCGGCUGUGGCAAGAUGAUCCGCUUGGGCAGUAUGUCCUCGACGGUUCGCAAGGGAACGUUUCACACGGCAUCAACAAAUCUGAGCAGUUCGCUUAACAGCUCCAGCCAGAGAAGACUUACGCGGGACGAAAGCAGUGUCAGUGGGAGAACCAUGGAGAGCAACAACAGCCGGAAGAGGUUGCUUCAUCAACGCCACAACAGUACGAUCUCUAUCAAAUCUGGCCACGACGAAGCACGAGACGCGGCGCUGAUCAGUAACGGUGGAUCAAUUUGCACACCCUCGGAGGUCAUCCCUCUCAAUGCAGAAAAAAUCGAAGAACUGGACGAAUCCACAACGACAGCUGCUUCAUUGCCAAACGGUUACGGUUUCCAUAGGUUUAAGCAUCUCAAUGGUAGUUGUAGUGUUAUUAGCAGUAGUACCAGUAAGACUAGUCAACGGUUGAACGGGAUUGUUUCGGUUGAACCGAUAACCGUUCACCAACCGGACAAUAAAUAUCUUAUAGUAAGAGCUGCCGUUAUUGUGGUGCAAGACAGGCCUCCUGGAGAUGAUGACCCACCCCCUGUGGGACUACCAUCCGCGGAACACGCCGUCGUGAGCUCAAACGGAUGUGAACCACUAGUAUCUAUCAUCACUGCCAAAGAUGAGAAUCAGAACAGUAACUAUGUCAAUCAAGGACAGCACCAGCAUCAGAUAACCGCAAACGGUAAAGACAGUGUCAAUGUUCAAACAGAAAACAUAAUGCCCACUAAACAGUGCAAGACAGCUGACGGGCAGGAAUCUUCAGAAGAGGUUACUAAAAUAAGGCAGUUUUAUGGCACGAUGGAAUGUGAUAUCUAAAUGAAGAAGAAAAAACUGAGGUGAUAAGCGAAAUGAAAGACGUGAUUUAGUUCAACUAAAUGCUCGAUGGGAAUGAUAUUUUGGCUAGGCUUUUUUUGGGCUUGAAUGAUAAAAAAUGAAUCUUUAAAAAUACAUGAAAAUGGUGCAGAUAAAGUCAGCUGUCUUUGGCGCGUACAUUUUGCUACUACAGAUCGUCAAACGAGGAAAAUAUAGUAUUGUGCACAUUCUAUUUAUUGUAA